AUGUCCAGACAUUGUUUGCUUUUGUAUUCUUUUCUUUCUGUAGUUCCUGGACCCGUUCCCUUGGAAUCCAUCCAGGGAGGACCUUUUGAAGAGAAGAUCUACGUUCAGUGGAAGCCUCCAAAUGAGACAAAUGGCAUCAUUACACUUUAUGAGAUUACUUACAAGGCCGUUGGGUCUCUGGAUCCCAGUGCUGACCUGUCCAGCCAAAGAGGGAAAGUCUUCAAACUAAGGAAUGAAACGCAUCACCUCUUUGUAGGAUUAUACCCAGGGACUACGUAUUCAUUCACCAUCAAAGCCAGCACAGUGAAGGGCUUUGGGCCACCCAUCACAACACGGAUCGCAACUAAGAUUUCAGCACCAUCAAUGCCGGAAUACGACACGGACUCGCCCUUGAAUGAGACCGACACCACCAUCACUGUCAUGCUGAAGCCUGCUCAGUCCCGUGGAGCCCCUGUCAGUGUCUAUCAACUCGUUGUCAAGGAGGAGAAGCUACAGAAAGCUCGCAGAGCUGCAGACAUCAUGAAUGCUUCUCCUCCAGUGAGCUACAAGAACGCCUCCAGCCUUGACUCACCUCACUACUUCGCAGCCGAGCUGAAGCCCAUCACCUGCCUGUCACACAGCCCUCACUGUGGGUGACAACAAAGACCCUACAAUGGCUACUGGAAUGCUCCUCUUUCUCCCCUGAAAAGCUACAGCAUAUACUUCCAGGCUCUUAGCAAGGCAAAUGGCGAAACAAAAAUCAACUGUGUCCGGCUGGCAACUAAAGCAGUGCUGGGUAGGCAACAGGCGACCACACGAAACCCACCCGGCCUCCUGAGCACAGGAGCUUCUACCCAGAAUUCCAAUGCAGUGGAGCCAGAAAAGCAAGUUGACAGCACAGUGAAAAUGGCUGGAGUUAUAGCUGGGCUUCUGAUGUUUGUUAUUAUUCUCUUAGGAGCAAUGCUUACCAUCAAGAGAAGAAGAAAUGCGUACUCCUACUCCUAUUACUUGCAUUCAAGCCAAUGUUUUAGGGGCCUCUCUGUCUUCUACAGGACCAGGAAGCUAGCCAAGAAGCAGAAGGAGACUCAGACCAGCACACAGAGAGAGAUGGGUCCCGUGGCCGCUUCAGACAAGGCCUCAACCAAACUCAGCGCUGUUCACAAUGAAGAAGCUUUCUCUUCCAGCUGCCAAGAUGUUAAUGGAUUCACAUCACCCUCUCCUUGUUCAUUUUCUGUCCAAAGCAAAACCCUUCAGAGCAAAUCUCUGUUGAAUUCCUACUACUCAGUAUCAUCAGACACAGUUCCAUCGACCACGCUGUUAGGUAAGACAGACAGUAGCCAUGGAGAGAUGACCCAGCCAACCUUGACUAUCCAGACCCACCCGUACCGGAGCUGCGAGCCAGUGGAAAUGUCCUACCCACGGGGGCAGUUCCAGCCAGCCAUCCGUGUAGCUGACUUGCUGCAGCACAUCACCCAGAUGAAGCGUGCAGAGGGCUAUGGAUUUAAAGAGGAGUAUGAGGCACUACCCGAGGGGCAGACGGCAUCCUGGGAUACAGCCAAGGAAGACGAAAAUCGCAAUAAGAAUAGAUAUGGAAACAUAAUCUCCUAUGAUCAUUCAAGAGUGAGAUUGCAGCUGCUGGAUGGGGACCCUCACUCUGACUACAUCAACGCCAAUUACAUAGACGGGUACCACCGGCCUCGUCAUUACAUUGCAACUCAAGGGCCGAUGCAAGAGACAGUGAAGGAUUUCUGGAGAAUGAUUUGGCAAGAAAACUCUGCAAGCGUUGUCAUGGUCACCAACUUGGUGGAAGUGGGCAGGGUGAAGUGUGUUCGGUACUGGCCAGAUGAUACAGAGGUCUAUGGGGAUAUUAAAGUCACAUUAAUCGAGACAGAACCACUGGCAGAAUAUGUCAUACGCACAUUUACUGUACAAAAGAAAGGCUACCAUGAGAUCCGAGAGAUUCGGCAGUUCCACUUCACAAGCUGGCCAGACCACGGUGUUCCUUGCUAUGCCACGGGCCUCCUGGGCUUUGUUCGACAAGUGAAGUUCCUCAACCCCCCCGAGGCAGGACCCAUCGUUGUGCACUGCAGUGCCGGGGCUGGGAGAACAGGGUGCUUUAUUGCCAUUGACAUCAUGCUUGACAUGGCAGAGAACGAAGGUGUGGUCGAUAUAUUUAACUGUGUGCGAGAGCUGCGCUCCCAGAGGGUCAAUUUGGUGCAGACAGAGGAACAGUAUGUAUUUGUCCACGAUGCCAUUUUGGAGGCGUGUCUCUGUGGCAACACGGCCAUUCCAGUUUGUGAGUUCAGAUCCAUAUAUUACAACAUCAGCAGGAUAGAUCCACAGACCAAUUCCAGCCAGAUAAAAGAUGAGUUUCAGACACUCAAUAUCGUGACACCGCGGGUUAGACCAGAGGACUGCAGCAUCGGCCUUUUGCCAAGGAACCACGACAAGAACCGCUGCAUGGACGUGUUGCCCUUGGACCGGUGCCUGCCCUUCCUCAUCUCUGUGGAUGGUGAAUCCAGUAACUACAUCAAUGCUGCGCUCAUGGAUAGCCACAAGCAACCUGCUGCCUUUAUUGUAACCCAGCACCCUUUGCCUAACACCGUAGCAGACUUCUGGAGGCUGGUGUUUGAUUAUCACUGCUCCUCCGUAGUGAUGCUGAAUGAGAUGGAUGCUGCACAGCUCUGCAUGCAGUACUGGCCAGAGAAGACGUCCUGUUGCUAUGGCCCAAUUCAAGUAGAGUUUGUUUCAGCAGACAUCGAUGAAGACAUCAUCAACCGGAUAUUCCGGAUCUGCAACAUGGCCAGGCCCCAGGAUGGCUAUCGCAUAGUUCAGCACCUGCAGUACAUUGGCUGGCCAGCGUAUCGGGACACCCCGCCAUCCAAACGCUCUCUGCUGAAGGUGGUCAGGAGGCUGGAGAAGUGGCAGGAGCAGUACGAUGGGAGAGACGGCCGCACUGUGGUCCACUGCCUGAACGGCGGGGGACGUAGUGGCACCUUCUGUGCCAUCUGCAGUGUGUGUGAAAUGAUUCAACAGCAAAAUAUCAUUGACGUGUUCCACAUAGUGAAAACAUUACGGAAUAACAAGUCCAACAUGGUGGAGUCACUGGAACAGUAUAAAUUUGUAUAUGAGGUUGCACUGGAAUACUUGAGCUCCUUUUAGCCCAGCAGAGGGGGGAGAGCCUCCGACAUGGCAGACCCCGACCCCUGGCAGACGCUUCUUCCCUGUCCCACACUAGAAAGCAGUAACAAGUGUGGGAAGGAAAAUCUCUCCUUCCUGGAGAAAAAGACUGAGACUGCACAGAAGAGCUGGAAGGAAGAGAUGAUGCCUGUGUUUGCUGCUGCCUGCUUUCUAUUGGAGCAUCUACAGCUUCUUAAAUAACCUACUGUAAAAAUAAGCGAAACGGGAGGCAGGCUGAAGGACUGGACUUUCUAAUCCCCUCUGACUUCUUCUCUGCUCUUUAGGAUUGUAUUUUUGCCGUCCUUGCUGAAGAGUGGGGAAAGAAUGGAACCUUUAGGAAAAUCUCUUCUAAAUGUCACCUUUUAAAGUUACUAUUUUGUUCUCAAACCCCAGUCUUUAAUUUCUGAAUUUCAUGCAGCAGUCAUUUGGGAAAAAUGAGAUAGCCAUAGGGAAGUUAUGAAACGUUUCAUUACAGUUUGCCUGUCUUAUCUGGUUUUGUUUUAUCUUCCAAAUGAAAAGGCCAACACCAAAAAAACUCUGGAUAUCUUUCCACAUCUGGUUCCUUUUAGCGUGAAGAUGGUGGAGAUGAGUUAGUUGUCUGUGGAUUCACAUCUUGGAUUCCACGAGUUUCCUCCCAGUUUCUCCCAAGGCUGUGAAUGAACUGGUUACAUCUCUCUGGUCCAUGUUUGUUUCAGUGCUGGUGAAGCAAUAUGAAUGAGUUUCCCAGCCACUUAAACCCCGAAGUUAAAUAUUUGCAUCAAACAAAUUGCAUUUGUCUUGCAACCUUGGUAACGGUGUUACCACAUUUUUUAAGUAUUUGCUGGGAUGCAGUUUGUCUUUGAAAAACAGGGUAUAAAGUAGGUAUUAUUGAUCAUAUAAUAUGUAUUAUUAUUUUUUUUUAUUUAUUAUUUGUAUUGCUGUAGAACUUAGGACCCCUAGUCCUGACAGGUCCCUGCUGAGCCUGGCUAGGCACUGUGCAAAUGAAGAACAAAGGAGGUUCCUGCUCAAGAGCUUCGAAUCUGAAGGUGAUCUUAAAAUUGAGUUUGAUCAGGUUUUUCUCACUGUUCCCAAUCUGUUGUACAGUCAGACAUCGUUGAGUGAUUUAUUCUGAUUUCCAGCCCCUGCAAAUUUAAAAUGGUAACGCAUCCAAGCUGCAGGAAGAGUGAUGGACAUACACAGAAACCUGUUCUGGCAUCUGCUAAGAAAAGGCUUCAACCAGCACAGCAACUUUCCAUCUUAAGCAAAACAGCUUUUGUUUUGUUCUGUGCAGAAACACCUGUGCAACUCCUCUUCUUUGCAACAAACAUCAGAAGGGUUUUGCCCAGGUUCUGGAUCCCACUCUGACUUCUUAGAAGCUAAGAAAUUUUUCCUCUGAAGGAGUUUGAGGAGCUAAUCACUAAGGUCUGCAGGAUAAUGUCUGAGAUUAUUUUCAAAUGAACAAGGAUUUACAACAUUCAGUAUUUCGAUUUAGGCAGUUAUUUAUCCUGAGAGCACAGGCAUCCAAGAUAGUUCAGUGUGUAAAUUAGAUUCUAGGUGAUGUAGGUUUCUUCAAACGUAGACUUGCUUAAAGCUGGACAGGUAAGGGAAGAGUUAAGGAAAUUCCACUUCCUUACCAUUUCAUAGUAUUCCAUCCUCCAGUAAAUGCUCAGAAGCUGCUGGGAGCUCAGUCGUGUCAAUGCCUCACAUAGGGAGCAACAGAAACUUAACUAAAAGUUACCAGUUCCAUAUAUAAAUUCAGAAGGCGCAUCUGCUUCAUGGUCAUUCUUUUCUUGAUAAUUAUAUCUUUGUCUUGACAAUUGAAUCUGAUUGGAACAGUUAUUGACUCAGAUAUAGCUGUACCUAACAAAAAGGUUGUCAUGUCUGUCACGACCUGCAGCAGUCGGACCAGGCUCUUUAUUUGGAAACUGAUUCUUUCCUGCUGAGCAGAUGGGAGGUCUGCAUAGGAUGCUGAACCACCGAGCUCAUGUUCUUUCUGAGAAGCUUUGGAUUCUUGGCUUCUUCCAAGUGAAUACCUUGAAGGUCUCAGUCAGUUGUGCCAGAAAGCGUCAGUGGGAACCCCCUCACAGGAGCCUCUGCUGUGUGUCAGGUUGGGCCCCAACUUUCUGCAAGAAAUCACAGGAUCUACAUUAGUUCACACUGGGGCUGCAGGUGAAUGUCUGCCAUUUCACAAAAUUAAUUGUUUUAUCUUUUUCUUAUCUGUUGCUGCUAAGCUGCACAGACAACCCUGCUGUAGAAUAAGAGGCAAAGCGAAACAAUGAGAUAUGAGAAGGAAGGGAUAAUGUUACUGUUUGAAUUACAGGUGGUUUGCUUGGGGGCCAUUUGCAAAGAAGAGGAGAGAGAAAAUCCUGAUCCCAGGGUGGGAUUUUGCAAUUGCCAAGGUGAGAAGAAACUACCAGCAAAAUGUUCAUGGCUUCACUAACUCCAGAAAGCCAGAGGGAAUGACUCCCAAUGGAUGCUAUGGAAAUAUUAAUUAGUGUUUAGCAUUCUGUUAAUUUUGCAUGGAAACUAGCAUACCCAUAGGUCACUUUCGGGAGUUACUGAAAGACUUUUUCAGGCACUCAAGUUAAUAGCCAGGAUAAAAGGAAUAGAGAGGUAGAAUAAAUGACAGUGUAACCAAGAAGGGUAGAAGGUAGUUUCAGGCUAAGCAGUAGCAUGAAGGAAAGUGGAUUACAAAGCCAGCAGUCAGUUGAUAGGAGGGAUGUAUACAUGGAGAGAAGCAGGUGUUGGGUGAGUUGAAUAGAAGAGCUCUUGCAGUGAAGUUGUUUAAGGUCCUGAGGUAGGUUUAAAUGUAUUUUCAUGGUAUGAGACAUGCUAGUACAGGGUCAGGUGCAAGCAGCAGCUGGCCCGCAGUAACACACCACAUGCUUUUAGCCCUCUGCAAAUGCAAAGUGAUAGCAUAAAUUUCAGUCAAAGGACUGUAAGCUACAUUUUACCUUGUAUUUGCAAAGAACAAGUUCAGUGCAAAUCGUGCUGUUUCAUACAGCACAACUGUUAGCCAUGACUGAAUGUGUGCCAGCUCAGGUCUGUGUUUCAGCCUUCUGGUGAUGUUCAGCCUACAGCCGGUGUGGAUGGGUGCUCAGCAAACACUAUGGGUGAUGUUGGUUGUGGUCCAAACUGUUCCAUCACCACACAGGUACAUUGAUUUUUGGGAACCCAGCUCUGGUCUGUAUUGGCUCAGGGAUCCUUGCACUGUUUUUUACUGCACAAUGCAUAUAUGUUGAAUGUGAAUUAAUGAUAAAGAGAAAAGAGCUUGCUGUAAAUAACCUCCUUACCUUGAGGUUGUUUAAACUGUAGAGAGGAGCCUGUAGCAACAUAGGUAAUGUGUUUGAAGCAAGACUGUGGAUGUUGGGUCUGCUUUCUCUGAGAGAGAAAUUUAGAGGUAAUAAAGGAGGCUUUCUCAUUCUCGAGAAGACUGACAAUCAGGACAAGCUUUCCAACCUAAGUAUUGCCUGCUGCUGUUGGGGAGCAAGAAAGUAAGGUAGAAAAGAGGAAGUCCUCGGUGACCGGGUUUUAGGCUGUGUAAAUAUGAUAUUUGACAGUAUUUGAAUAGUCAUGAUGAAAACAUUCCCAUUCUGACAUCCUUCAGGAUUGGGUGAGAAUUGUUUGUUGACGGUGUAAUAUUGGUCAGAGGUGUAAUCUGAAGCUCAGAAAACCAGAAAUAAAUAAAGAAGAGUAAGAGUACAGGGACUGUGUCAUACACAGGGCAAAUAACAUCUUGAAUUAUUAAGGGAUGUACCUGAAGCAAAGAAUACCAGAGGUACCUCUGGUUGGAUGCUGGAGAAGGAGGAACCUGAGCUGUCAGCUGGAAAGAGAUAGACCAAAAUCCCUACAAUGUACAGUAGGUCUUGACAGUAUAUAUUUAUAUAUAUUUGUUAUCUCUGUGAAAACUGCAUCCUUUGCUGCCAUCUUUUGAUAUUUCUGCCCUCUCCCUCCCCCCUCCAAACAAUGGCCUGUAAAGAAAAUGGUAGUUGACCUCCUGUAGAUGGACCUGAGAUACUUGUUUGUUAAUGUGAAGGAAACAUUGGGAGUACAAUGUCAGUGUGAAGGUAGGGACCACUGGUGGCAAACAAGCAGAUGGGAAUUGGUGGUUUUAUUUAGUAGACUGAAAUAACUGGUGUUCUCUGACCAGGGGAGUCUCUGGGCUGUGGUUUGUAGGAGACAUUUCAGUUCAUGAUUGAAAUUCAUUAGCAAAGUUGCCUGUAAUGCUGCUGUACUUAGUAAGCUCCAGCUAGUUUUAUUGAUGCACUAGUUACUCCCCCUCAGUUUUCCUACCUUUUAUUCUGGAUCUGUGAACUCUCUGUGAAGAUGUCCAGUGGCAAUGCAAGACCCCCCAGCGACAGAUCUAAGCCUGCAGAUGGUAGAGUUGUUUUUCCAUGUCAUUUGCAUGGAUGGGUCCUUUAGGAGUAGUUGGUUGGAUUUCCCCUGGCAAUCUCAGGCCAGGUGCUGUGGGUACACUGCUCUUGGUGUCCUUUGGGCCAAGGGAGGAGAGAGGCUCCCAUCAGCGAGUUGUUCUGAAAGCAACUGAACCUGUUGCUGUCUGGAAGAGAAAGAAAGGAUAAGGAAUCUCCUUUGGGAGAAAAGCAAACAGUGGAGGAGGAUUAAAUGGUGUCCUGAGACAUGUGAGAAACUUCCACUUUGUUCUGUCUCUUAUUCUUGCAGGGAUUUACUUACGUCUUUCCCACUCUUCUGAGUUUGUGCCAGGAUCAUAAAAAAACAGGUAGCAACACAUUCCACUCUGCAGAACUCCCUAGAGGGGGAGCAGGCAGUGUAACAGAGGGAAUAAAUCUCGAGGAACAAAGAUAAAAGAUUACCUUGAGAGGAACCUUCAGAUCUGCGGUGCCUCUGUCUGUCACACAUUGUACAGUCCUGGCAUAUUCCUGCAUUUGCGGUUCAGUGCAAAUGUUGCACUUGGAAAACGUUGUCCUAUAAUAAGUAUAAACAGUAUCACAUUGGUAGCUCAGUUCACUUUUAGUCAUUGCAAAGGGCAUCUCAAGAACUUGGUUUGAUUCUGCUGUGUUCUAAUUUGAGGUUCUUCCCUAAGUGUACAAAGUUCACUCCAGCUUGUUAGAAACACAGAUGGGACCUUGUGAUUAAAGUGCUUUAGGAUGACCUCUGCCUAUGAGCGUGAAGCUCAAUAUAUGUCCUUGAAGACCAGGAAGUGGUAGAGCCAAUUACUGCACCUUCCCUGCACAGACCUUUCUAGGAGCAGAAACUGAGGGAGCGAGCUAAUUAAGGUUUGCUAUACAGAAGAGAGUAACGAGGAUUCUGUUAACCCUCCUACAUUCAUACUUACUUAGAUUGCAGUCUCCUAUAGCCAUACAUACAUGCUAUACAAUUUAAAUGCAAGUGCCCUUCCUUCCCCUGUCCCCAGUUCCCUGUAGCUCUUCCUCCAUUGCGGGCCAUCCAACAGCAUAGAGGCAAAGCACACUUUCUGCAGUUUUGGCGAGGGAUGCUAGGAAAAUGCAUCAUGUAGUACCUGUUUAUUGACUUGGACAAGUAUCAGUCACCCUCCUCCUCAUAGACAUACCUGAAGAACCUACAGCUGAGUGUAGCAGUCGAGUACAUUCAUGUGUUUUCAUACACCAAGGCCAAAUCCUGGUGGCUCUGAGUUUGAUGGAGAGACUAUCAGUGUCCUCGGGUCUGUAAUCUUUAUUUUCUGCGUUAAAGGAUUUUUAAAGCCUCCCUUAUAAACAAUGCACUGCACUAAGAAUUACCUACAGCGUCAUGUCAGAGUAGCACAGCUGUGAAAACCUGAUCUUUCCAUCCUUGUCCCAGUGCAUCUAGCAGAGUGUCCACCCCUGUUCUCUGGUUUCAACCUACGCCUUAAGAAACAGAACUGUGCAGCAGACUGGAUGGUAGAUGCUGGUGUUCCCAUAGUAUUUAUUUGGGAAGGGAAAAAAAAAAAAAGAAAAAAGAAAAGGAAAACAUUUUUCUUGUGAACCGUGAGCUGAUUCUAAGCUGCAUGGCCAUGAGCCAGUUCACACUGUUGGAAGUGAGGUUUGCUUCUUGUUGUGGCGUGAUAUAUGCUAUAGGUGUGACCUUUGGGACCAGUCUUGGUCUGUUCUGUACAGGUUUCCAAUGGGGUCACUGUAGUGGAAGCACUUAUUGCAAAUGAUGUUUCCAUGGAGGUUUUGUAAGGGAGAUCUGUUACCCUGGAACACAGCUGUUUGGGGGACUUGGUGAGGUGCUUGAGCAGGUGGCUCUGUGGAGGUGUACCUCCUUCUGUGAGCACUUCAUCCUUUGCUGGGCACCUCAUGAGUUUAGCUAUUCAGAAAGCCUCCCCAGGGCACCUGGUGGUGGUUGGCAUUGCUGAACUAGCUCAAACGCUUCCAAUGCAGGAGUUCAAUGCAUAUGGAGCAGAACUGGCAUGACCCUCCUCACCUCUGUAGCCUGUUCUUAGGUCUCCAGCACUCAUGCCAUGCUUCAGUGCAAAAGCUGCAGCUCUACCCUUGCCACAUUUAACCCAUACUGACUGAGCGCGCUGACAGAAUUCACUCCCACGUUGAUUUCAUCUCCUUCCCCCCCCUGCGCCAAUCCUGUUGAAAUUGAAAUGCUGUAGCAUCACUUGUUGCCAGAGCUGUUACUGCUGCAGUCAGCGAUGCUGCAGCUGUGCUGGGGUGAGCAGGACCCUGCCCGGUGCCCCACAGUGCUGCGUCAGCGCGUCUCUGCUGUUGAGAUACUGCCCCCAUCUCCCCCUCCUUUGGCCUUUAUGGAUUACUGGUGAAACUCACUUGUACAGUUUGGAUGUUUGAUAGAUAAAGCACGUACGAAAAAAUAAAAAAAAGGAAAAAAAUAUAAAUACAGAAAUCUCAACACUGUGCAUUCAGUGUCUUUUCUUUCUAGCUUAAAAGAAGGAAGGUAAAUAAUGUCAAGUCAAUGAAUAUCAGAUAUAUUUUUUGACUGUACAUUACAGUGAAGUGUAAUCUUUUUUUUACAACUGCGAGUCCAUCUUAUUUAUUCUUGUAAAUGUUCCCAGACAAUGUUUGUAAUAUGGGCUGUGUUGCAAAUCCAUAAAAUAAAUCUGUGAUCUGAGAUUAAUGUUUUACUAAGA